AUGAAGACCUCCUUGCUCACAGCUUCCGUGCUGCUGGGCUAUGCCUCCGCCGAGGUUCACAAGCUCAAGCUCAACAAGGUCCCCCUGUCCGAACAGUUUAUCACUCGCAACAUUGCCGACCAUGCAAACGCUCUGGGCCAGAAGUACAUGGGCCAGUUCCAGCAGCAGGUGCUUGACGAUGAGCCCGUCAACGCCCUGGGUAGCCAUGAUGUCUUGGUUGACAACUUCAUGAACGCCCAAUACUUCUCCGAGAUCGAGCUCGGUACUCCUCCUCAGUCUUUUAAGGUCGUCCUCGAUACUGGUAGCUCCAACCUGUGGGUUCCGUCGUCGGAGUGUGGCUCCAUCGCCUGCUACCUCCACCAGAAGUUCGAUUCUUCCUCCUCUUCCACAUACAAGAAGAAUGGUACCGAAUUCGCUAUCAAAUACGGAUCCGGCAGCUUGAGCGGAUUCGUGUCCAAGGACAACCUGAAGAUCGGUGACUUGAAGGUCACGGGACAAGACUUUGCCGAAGCUACCAACGAGCCUGGUUUGGCGUUUGCCUUUGGCCGCUUCGACGGCAUUCUCGGUCUUGGAUUCGACACCAUCUCAGUCAACAAGAUUGUCCCUCCCUUUUACAACAUGAUUCACCAGGGUCUUCUCGACGAGCCGGUCUUUGCCUUCUACCUUGGAGAUGCCAACAAGGAGGGCGACAGCUCUGUGGCCACAUUCGGUGGUAUUGACAAGAGCCACUACGAGGGCGAGCUGAUCAAGAUCCCCCUUCGCCGCAAGGCCUACUGGGAGGUUGAUCUUGACGCCGUUGCCCUUGGCGACGAGGUUGCCGAGCUCGACAACACUGGUGUCAUCCUUGACACCGGUACUUCUCUGAUUGCCCUUCCUUCUAACCUCGCUGAGAUGAUCAACGCCCAGAUUGGUGCUAAGAAGGGGUUCACUGGCCAGUACAGCAUUGACUGUGCCAAGCGCGGCUCUCUCCCCGACCUCACAUUCACUCUGACCGGCCACAACUUCACCAUCGGUCCCUACGACUACACCCUCGAAGUCCAGGGAUCUUGCAUCAGUGCUUUCAUGGGUAUGGACUUCCCCGAGCCCGUUGGCCCUCUGGCCAUUCUCGGUGAUGCUUUCCUGCGCAAGUGGUACAGCGUGUAUGACCUCGGCAACAGCGCCGUCGGUCUCGCCAAGGCCAAGUAA